ACUCACAAACUACUACAAAGUAAACAUCAAGAAGGACUUGAUUGGAGCCGUGGUUCAGCUGCUCUGCAGGAAGGAUGGGUGAUUUAGCGAACAGCGCGGUGGGGUUCUACCCGAAAGCACAGCGGGGGGGGGCUGCUGCCGAGGCCAGCCAUGCCGGGGGGUUCGGGUGUAGUCUGGAGGAGCUGCGGGAGCUCAUGGAGCUGCGGGGGCCGGAGGCACUGCAGAAAGUGGAGGAGAGCUACGGGGAUGUUUACGAACUCUGCCGUCGACUGAACAGCUCGCCCACAGAAGGUCUCUCUGAUAACCCCUCAGAUCUUGAGAAGAGAAAACAGGUGUUUGGCCAGAACUUCAUCGCUCCCAAGAAAGCAAAGAGUUUCCUUGCCCUGGUGUGGGAGGCCCUGCAGGAUGUGACCCUGAUCAUACUGGAGAUUGCAGCUAUCAUCUCCCUGGGACUGUCCUUCUACCAGCCCCCAGGCGGGGAGACUGAGGCUUGUGGGGAUGUAUCUGGAGGCGCGGAGGAUGAAGGUGAGGCAGAGGCAGGGUGGAUCGAGGGGGCAGCGAUCCUGCUCUCUGUGAUCUGUGUGGUUCUGGUCACAGCGUUCAACGAUUGGAGCAAAGAGAAGCAGUUCCGGGGGCUGCAGAGCCGCAUCGAGCUGGAGCAGAAAUUCACUGUCAUCAGAAACGCAAACCUUAUUCAAAUCCAUGUUGCCGAGAUCGUAGUGGGAGACAUCGCACAGGUCAAAUACGGUGACCUGCUCCCUGCGGACGGGGUUGUGAUCCAGAGCAACGACCUGAAGAUCGAUGAGAGCUCCCUGACCGGAGAGUCAGACCACGUGAAAAAAUCCGUGGAGAAAGAUCCCAUGCUGCUGUCCGGGACCCACGUGAUGGAGGGCUCUGGGAGGAUGGUAGUCACUGCUGUGGGAGUGAACUCUCAGAGUGGGAUCAUCUUCACUUUACUGGGAGCGGGGGAAGGAGAGGAAGAGGAGGAGAAAAAGGAGAAGAAAGGAAAGCAGCAGGAUGGAGUGAUGGAAAACAAUCUCAACAAAGCUAAGAAACAAGAUGGUGCUGUCGCUAUGGAGAUGCAGCCCCUAAAGAGUGCAGAGGGGGGGGAGGUGGAGGAGAAAGAGAAGAAGAGGAGCAACGUGAACAAGAAAGAGAAAUCCGUCCUACAGGGCAAACUCACUAAGCUGGCAGUGCAGAUCGGGAAAGCAGGUCUGGUCAUGUCUGCAAUCACAGUGAUAAUCCUGGUGCUGUACUUUGUGAUCGAGACCUUCGUGAUUGAGGGCAGGGUGUGGCUGACAGAGUGCACCCCAGUUUAUGUCCAGUACUUUGUCAAAUUCUUCAUUAUCGGGGUGACUGUGCUGGUUGUGGCUGUGCCUGAGGGGCUUCCCUUGGCUGUCACCAUCUCGCUGGCAUACUCCGUCAAGAAAAUGAUGAAGGAUAACAACCUGGUGCGUCACCUGGAUGCGUGUGAGACAAUGGGCAAUGCCACAGCCAUCUGCUCUGACAAGACAGGCACACUGACCACUAACCGCAUGACCGUGGUGCAGUCCCAUGUGGGUGAUGUCACCUACCGGGAGGUACCGGGCCCCGGAGUGCUGAGCCCAAUGAUACUGGACGUGCUAGUCAGCGCCAUCGCCGUCAACAGCGCCUACACCACCAAGAUAAUGCCCCCAGACCAGGAGGGGGGUCUGCCAAAGCAGGUGGGCAAUAAGACGGAGUGUGCUCUGCUGGGCUUCGUCCAGGACCUGCACAGAGACUACCAGGCUGUGAGGGAUCAGAUCCCUGAAGAGAAGCUCUACAAGGUUUACACCUUCAACUCUGUGCGCAAGAGCAUGAGCACCGUGGUGUGCCUACCCGAGGGAGGGUUCAGGCUCUACAGCAAGGGGGCCUCUGAGAUCAUCCUCAAGAAGUGCACCAGUAUCCUCACUGCCUCCGGGGAGCCCCGUUUAUUCCACCCUCGCGAUCGUGAUGAGAUGGUGAAGAAGGUGAUUGAGCCGAUGGCUUGUGAGGGUCUGCGUACGAUCUGCAUCGCUUACAGAGACUUCCCGGGAACGCCGGAGCCAGACUGGGACAGUGAGAGCGACAUUGUGGGAGAGCUGACCUGCAUCUGUGUGGUGGGGAUUGAGGACCCUGUGAGGCCAGAGGUCCCGGAAGCGAUCAGAAAAUGCCAGCGUGCAGGGAUCACAGUGAGGAUGGUGACUGGAGACAACAUCAACACAGCGAGGGCUAUCGCAGCAAAGUGUGGAAUCAUACAGGCAGGGGAGGAGUUCUUGUGUAUCGAUGGCAAGGAGUUCAACAGGAGAAUCAGAAACGAGAAGGGAGAGAUUGAACAGGAGCGCAUUGAUAAGAUUUGGCCAAAGCUGCGAGUUUUGGCACGCUCCUCACCCACUGACAAACACACCCUGGUGAAAGGUAUCAUUGACAGCACCGUGCUGGAGCAACGGCAGGUUGUCGCGGUAACGGGAGAUGGCACCAAUGACGGGCCGGCUCUGAAGAAGGCUGACGUGGGCUUUGCCAUGGGUAUCGCUGGCACAGACGUGGCGAAGGAGGCCUCUGACAUCAUCCUGACAGAUGAUAACUUCAGUAGCAUUGUGAAGGCAGUGAUGUGGGGCCGCAACGUUUACGACAGCAUCUCCAAAUUCCUGCAGUUCCAACUCACCGUCAAUGUGGUGGCCGUCAUUGUGGCUUUCACUGGGGCCUGCAUCACACAGGACUCUCCCCUAAAGGCAGUGCAGAUGCUCUGGGUGAAUCUCAUCAUGGACACGUUCGCCUCCCUCGCUCUCGCCACUGAGCCACCCACCGAGUCCCUGUUGCUGCGCAGACCGUACGGGAGGAACAAGCCACUCAUCUCUAGGACCAUGAUGAAGAACAUCCUGGGGCACGCUGUCUACCAGCUCACCAUCAUCUUCACACUGCUGUUUGUGGGUGAGCUGUUCUUCAAUAUCGACAGUGGUCGGAAUGCCCCCCUGCACUCCCCCCCCUCGGAGCACUACACCAUCAUCUUCAACACCUUUGUACUGAUGCAGCUCUUCAACGAGAUCAACGCGCGCAAAAUCCACGGUGAGAGGAACGUUUUCGACUCCAUCUUCAGGAACCCCAUCUUCUGCAGCAUCGUGCUGGGCACCUUCUUGAUGCAGGUCGUGAUUGUGCAGUGGGGGGGGAAGCCCUUCAGCUGUGCACCCCUCAAUGUGGAGCAGUGGCUCUGGUGCCUGUUUGUCGGAAUUGGGGAGCUGCUGUGGGGGCAGCUCAUCACCUCCAUCCCCACCAGUCACCUGAAGUGCUUGAAAGAGGCAGGGCAUGGGCCAGGCCAGGAUGAGAUCACAGAUGAUGAGCUGGCCGACGACGAGGAUGAGAUUGACCACGCAGAGAGGGAGCUGAGGAGAGGACAGAUCCUGUGGUUCAGAGGACUGAACCGCAUCCAGACACAGAUGGAGGUAGUGAGCACGUUCAAGCGGAGCGGUUCUUUCCAGGGUGCUGUGAGGCGCCGCUCCUCCGUCCUCAGUCAGCUCCAUGAAGUAACCAAUAUUUCUACCCCCACUCACAUCCGGGUGGUGAGAGCAUUCCGUAGCUCAACGUACGAAGUUGAGAAGAAACCAGACACACGGAACUCCAUCCACAACUUCAUGUCGCUGCCUCAGGAGUUCCUUCUGAACGAUUUCAUCCACAACAUCCCCCUGAUCGACGACACGGACCUGGAGGAGGAGUCUGAGCUAUCAGUCAAGCACCAGUACCGCCCCCCCCUGCCAUCCCUCACACCCUCCUCCCCAAACAUGAACAACAACGCCAUCGAAAGCGGUGUCUAUCUCACCCCCACCAUAAACACGGGGGCUUCUAGCCCCGCUAGCCCCCUGCACAGUGUGGAGACUUCACUAUAACAUCCAGAACACAACAGACUCUCUCUCACCCCCCCCCCCCCCCCCCCC